CCUUGGGCUUUUAGUUCCGCCUCCCCUUCGUUCCCCCUUGGCUCCUGCUGGUCAUGGCGGCGGCGGCGGCGGCGGCGAGCGGGAGCAGCCUGAGGCCGGCGGCCCUGAAAGAGGAAGGCGCUCCCGCGGAGGGUGGCCCCCGGAUCUCUGCCUCCUGCUCCUGGGAAUGCCGGGGGCCUGGCCUGGAGGGAGCCCUGCGCUUGGUCCCAGAGGGGGAGCCCGGCGCCUGGGAGCUCCUGGGGGCCCCGCUGGAGAGUGAAAACAUUGUUGUUCUUGAAAGACGGUUAAACUCUGGCAACAUCACCCCAUGUUCGCUGUACCUGCACUGUGACACCUAUGGAUCUGAGGAAAUUGUUGGUCUUGGCAUUGUGAGUGAGGCACGGAACAUGGAGGUCUAUGUAGGGGAAGAAUACUGCGCAACUGGAAGGGGAGAAAAAAUCUGCACUAUGGAAUAUGAUAGCAAAAAUGACCACGUUACUUUAUACAAAAAAUAUCUUAAACUGGAGUGCUCAACAGCCUCUUGUAAGAUUAAGCUACUGUCUAUCAAUGAAAAACAAAGAGUACUCCUCAGUAAAAUCUUAGUACUAGUCAAAUCAGUUUCUAAAAAGUCUGUGCAAGACUUUGCUACUCUCGGAUCAGGAAUAGACAUAGGCAAAGUACAAACUAUUAUGGAAUCUAUGGGAUCCAAAUUAUCACCUGGGGCUCAACAGCUCCUGGAUAUGGUUCGCUUUCAACAGCGGAACGGACUUCCAUUUGGAGGCAACUUCCAAAAUAUUUUGGGAAGAAAUGGAGUUGCACUUGGAAACAACCAUAUUAUUGAUGGGUUGAAAAAGGCAGUUGAUCUCGGAAAACUGGACAAUCUCCCCAGUAAGCCUUCUCUUCUAAAUGAUAACCGAGAAGCUGGAAUGCUUACAGAAGACUUAAGCAUUGUUAGGAACAAACAGCUUCCUAAUAUGGAGAAUACCUUUGAUCCACCAGGACCUCAGGCUCCACAGGCCAGUGUGGUAGUUUCCCAAAGUGACUUUAAAGGUUUAGUGUCGUCAUUUUUAGAAGAGCAAGGAAUUGAAAACCCAAAUGUAGCCAAUUCCACACUGCUGCUUCCAUUUCUUCAAACUGUUUGUGGUCAAGUAAAUCGUCUACGAAUAGAUGAAAGGAACAAACACUGUGAGAACAAUUCUGUAUCUGAAGCUGAUGGGAUUCAAACUAUUGGUAUAGAACAGCAAUCUGUUUGCUUGUACUUGGAAAAGAUAAUCUCCAAAAAGAUGGAAGUGAUGGAGAAGAGAUUAAUGGACCACAUUGACCUGCAUAUGCAGAAACUUCAGGAACAUGUAGAUAAUAAAAUUGCUGCAAUAAUGGAUGUGAUUCAGGUUUCCAGUAUUGUUUCACAGGAACACGAUCCUUUCAGGGAAGAGAACUCAGAUGGGAAGAGGUAGGUGCUCUUUAAAAAAUGGACAGCCUCAGUCUAAGUGUUUUUGUAAGUCAAUUAUUUAUUUUGCAAGCUUUUCAAAGCUUUGCUUCCAAACCUGCAAAUGUUUGAAAACAGUGAGAUUCAUAUUUGUUACUGUAACUUUGUCAGUGUUGUACACUAAUGUUAGUGUUUUGAGUAUGUGUAACUUACAAAAGACACCAAUAUUUUUUUACAGUUGUAUUUUUUAACAUCUGCUUAUGACUUAUUUAUUCAUAAACAUUUAAACAAAGUUACUUUUUUGGAUGUUUGUCAAAAUUGCACUGAACCAUUGGGAACGCUCUAAAUAAAGGAAUUGCAGCUUUGUUAAUA